AAGUUUUUCUCUCUAAUAAAACAUCUGCAACUCAUAAGACUGCUCAAAGAAUUUCUUUAAAAAAACAUGCUGGAAGAUAGUGGAUCUUGUCUUUACUCAGAAGGCUUUUUUCUCUUUGUAUUAAAUUGAUUGUCAACAGAUGUGGAGGCUGCAUCUUUUUGCUGAGUUGGUGCUCACAUCUCUAGGUGGAGCGAGAGAUGAAGCUACUCAAGGAUGGGACUUGGAGAAACAACAUCGUGUCUCCCUGGCUUCUGAAAUUCACUUUUCUCUGUCUGUUUAGUCAGUACUCUUGCCGAGCAAGUGCUGUGUGGACUGCCUACAUGAACAUAUCAUUUCAUGUUGGGAACCGCAUGUUGUCAGAGCUGGGGGAGACUGGAGUGUUUGGAAGAAGCUCCACUCUGAAGAAAGUGUCAGGAGUUAUAGUGGCACCAGAGGGAAAAUCACAAAAUGCAUGUAAUCCUGGGACGAAUUUCAGCAGAGCAAAGAACUCCGAGACAUGGCUGGCACUCAUUGAACGAGGAGGUUGUACUUUCACACAGAAAAUCAAGGUGGCCACUGACAAGGGAGCCAGUGGCGUGAUCAUCUAUAACUUCCCAGGAACUGGCAAUCAGGUGUUCCCCAUGACUCAUCAGGCAUUUGACAACGUCGUUGUAGUUAUGAUCGGUAACUUAAAAGGUAUGGAAAUCUUGCAUUUAAUCCGGAAGGGAGUUUACGUUACCAUUGUGGUUGAGGUGGGGAGAAAACACAUCAUCUGGAUGAAUCACUAUUUUGUCUCUUUUAUGAUCGUCACAUCUGCUGCCUUAGCAUAUUUCAUGUUUUAUCAUAUUCGAAGACUGUGGGUAGCAAGGAUUCAGAAUAGAAGAUGGCAGCGAUUAACAACAGAUCUCAAGAGAGCAUUUGGACAGCUUCAGCUUAAAGUGUUAAAAGAGGGAGAUGAGGAAAUAAGUCCAAAUGGAGACAGCUGUGUAGUUUGCUUUGAACUGUAUAAGCCUAAUGAUACAAUUCGCAUUCUGACUUGUAAACACUUUUUCCACAAGAACUGCAUUGACCCCUGGAUUCUAACCCAUGGGACAUGUCCCAUGUGCAAGUGUGACAUUCUGAAAGCUUUGGGGAUUCAAGUGGAUAUUGAAGAUGGAACCGAACCUUUGCAAAUCCUGAUGUCCUGCGAACUGCCUGAAAUCCUGUCUUCUAGAGAGGAGGAGGCAGAUAAUGAACUUCCUCCUGCAAGAAUGUCCGAUAAAGUGACCCCUGCGGAGGAGCACCCUACUUCUCAGAAUGAUGACCAGCAGCCCAUUUAGUUGUGGAGAGCGUUCAUCCUUCAACCUUAACAGCUUGACCUUUGAGGAAGUAAAUUAAACCUGUUUGUCAACUAGGUGCCAAUGCU